UGGCACUCGGCAGUGCGACGUCGACAGUGGUGGUGGUCGGACGUGGAGGCUCCUUUAUUACAUUCGCUGUGUCCUACACCUUCACGCCCUCCGUCACACCCAGCACAAUAGCUGGUUCAUCUUGUUAGUGUGUUUGCUGCACUAGUCUGUGUCGUGUUGAUAUUCUCGUCCCAGGAAGGCGAGGCGAGCGUAUCGUAGGUGUAUUGAUGAGUGGGGGUCAAGACUCACUUGGCCUGGGGCAUCAUCGCCAAUCCCAACAGGCCAAAACGUCCACAGGGGGAUUUGAGGACCCUUGGGUGCUCCGGAGGACGCAGGCUGGGGCCCCCAUCCCUUUGCAGUCUACGGCCAGUUACUCCCUCAGUCCGCAUCAACCCACGGCCUCACAGCCUCCAUCUCCUCGACCUCCACCGGCUUCUCAGUCGUUGUCAGUCCGCCCUGGAGGGACUUCUCACUCACUCUCACCCCAUCCUACAGGAACCUCUCGCUCCCCCUCACCCGACCCUAAAGGGACAUCUCGUUCCCCUUCACCUCGCCCUAAAGGGACAUCUCGCUCCCCUUCACCUCGUCCUGAAGGGAUUUCUCGCUCCCUUUUGCCACAGCCCCCUUCGAAAGGGCCGAAGGGGAGCGUCUUCUUCAAUACAAUCCAGGAGUCGAGAAAUAGGCAGAGACUGCUGAAAGAAAGCACCACAGGCAAGACUGACAUAGGGAAUGUGGUGUUGUACCUACAAGGUGCCGUGAGCGCCGAGGACAGCAGCUUAGACCCGCAAGCAACACAGCAACACUGGCGCCAGCAGCAACAGCUCCAGCAGCGCCAGCAGCAACAGGAGCAGUUUCAACAACGCCACCAGCAGAUAAAACAAGAAACACAGAGCUUACUGCAGCAGCAGCAGUAUGUACAGAAUCAGCAACAAGUACUAACACAACACCAGAGGGCACACUGGGAUAGUCUUCAGGGACAGCAGCGUGCACAAUAUAAAGAUCUACUGAAGCAACAUAAAACUUUUAUGAUAUCACAACCAUCCGCUGUACGUAAACAGUUAGGCUUUCAGCAGCGUGCAGUGCAACAGAAAUUAAUGCAACAACAUAAAACACAACAGCAACAGCUAAAGAGCCAUCAGGAGCAGCAGCAAAACGCAUUUCAACAACACUUGUACGAAAUUCAGCGGAAACUCGGUAUACUACAACAACAGCAGCAGUUUUUACUUCAUGAAGAACAACAAUUCAAUCAACAAAUACAGGAGCAACAUCAACUGGAAGAACAACGAAAGAGAGAACAAGAACUCGAACAUCAAAAGCAACAGCAGCAAAUAACCGAACUACAAAAGCAACGACAGCAACAAAUCAAACAACAAGAACAACACCAACAAAGAACCAAAGCUGAAUCUACUGAGGGCAGCAACAACAACAACGAAUCCUUCAAGAACAUCAACAAACUCCUUCAGAAUGUCUUGAAUCCCACUGAAGAGACAGAAGAGGAGGAAGAAAUACGAGAGAAACAAGAAGUUGUCUCCGAUACUGUGCUUUCAGCUGCGCCGUCAGAUAGCAGUACACGGAGUCCGGCGGAGGAAGAACAGGUUCAGUUUAUUCAGAGUCUCGGCGAGUGUGUCGACAGGGUUCGAUCCUUCAGCUUCAGUUGUGCAGCCACAGAGGACAAUACACGUCACCAGGUUUAUCCACAACCUCGACGUCGAUCCUUAGGACUCAGUAAAGGGCCGUCUGGACUAAAUGUGGGACCAUCACUUCUCAACCUUGGCCCUUCAGGACAACAGAAAGGUCCUGGAAACUUAAAUAAGGGUCCAGCCUGGUUAAAUAAAGGUCCAAGCAAAAUAAAUAAGGGCCCUAGCGAUUUAACUCGGGGACCAAGUUGCUUAAGCAAAGGCCCAGCUGAUAUAAAUUUAGGUCCUUCUGAUAGGAGGACGGGGCCCUCUGGAAUCAACAAGGGGCCUAGUCAUAUCAACAAAGGCCCCGUGACUGAACACACGGGCCAGGCCACUACCUAUAAGGGGCCCUCGUCACUAGCCAAAGGACCUGCUAACAAAAUACUUGGACCUGCAAGCAUGAGGCUGACCGUGGAGCAAACACACUGA